AUGACUGCUGACGCUCAAGAGGAUGUUCCACGCGACGUCCGCCUCCUGCAUCUGCUUCUUGCGUCGCAAGCUAUUCAUCAGUACGAAGAUCAGGUUCCUCUGCAACUCAUGGACUUCGCUCAUCGGUACACGCGUGGAGUGCUAAAAGACGCAGUAGUUUUCAGCGAUUACGCUGCCAGUGAUGCCAACGCUGAGCUUUCAGUUGAAGAUAUACGGCUUGCGAUUGGCGCGCGUACCCAGUACCAAUUCAAACCUACCGCACCUAAGGAACUGCUACUGCAGCUCGCUGCCGAGCGUAACAAAAAAGCACUACCGCAGGUCGUCAACAUGUGGGGAACGCGGCUGCCCCCUGAAAAGUACUGUCUCACAGCGAAAGAGUGGCGCCUCGAGGAUGAAGUUGACGAGGACGGGAAUGCGGUCGGCGAAGAGCCCAACGACGCAGCACGUAAAAUGGCGUCUACGUAA